GCGACGCCUCCCCGAGUACCGCGACAUGCGUUGACGUCUCCCGCCACCCGACAACCACCGCCGUAUACAUGGACAACUCCUGCCUCCUCGACCUCCUCAUCAGGUGCUUCGCGAUGACCGAGCCCGAGGACCUGAACUUCACCGCGUUCACCGACCUCUGCCGGCUCUGCUCGCUCAAGAGCGGGCCUCGCCUGCACAUAUUCGACAAGGAGUCCGAACAGCGGCAGAUACUGUUCAAACUCCGGACCUGUUUGCCCACUAUGCAGAUAUCGAAGGACGACUUCCUGCCGAAGAAGAUCUGCGAACGCUGUGUGACUAGGCUCGAACAACUUUACGAAUGGCGACAAAGCUGCCUCAACACGGACUCAGUGCUGAGGAACUACGCCGAGUCUAUGAGGAUCGUCACUUCUACUAUCAAUUUUCAGGAUGGCACGGUCAACAUGGAUAAAAUGACGGAAGCUCAAAAAACAGCGUACCUGGAGGCACAUGUGGCUGUACAACAACAUAUGGCCCAAGCUGCUGCUGCUGCCAGGCGUGAACAACAACAGCAGCAGCAGCAGCAGCAACAACAGCAGCAACAACAACAACAACAACAGCAACAGGUGCAACAACAACAGGUGCAACAACAACAGCAGCAGCAACAACAACAACAACAACAACAACAACAGCAGCAGCAACAACAACAACAGCAACAACAACAGGUGCAGCAACAACAACAACAGCAGCAGCAGCAACAACACCAUCAACAACAGCAAACUAAUAAUUCUAAUAACACCUCGCGACAUCAUCAGGAAAUGCAACAGGCUCAAACCAAUACUCACCCAGGUCACCCAUCUCCUCCCACUGUCAGCUCAACGCAACAUCACUACGCAACCAUCAACUCUCCAAUAAAGGUGCCCCAAGUCAGCUCGAGCACAGGUGGCCCUGACUCUACGUUCACUGUUCCAGAUGAUGUUGGAAUGGGCUUUGAAGGUGGAGUGCGGGUGUUGCAAAGUCUUGGUAAUUGGUCACCUGAGGUAACAAACAAUAUACCGAGACCAAACCUGAUACCAUUCACGGAACCAUAUGCGGAAGGCGGAUCGAUGCACCCAGGGACCCGGCUUAAAGCACUCCAAGGCACCACUAUCAGGAAACAUCCUACUAUCAAACCUACUAGCUCUACUAAUGAAGGAAACAAAGCAUUUGAAUGCACGGUAUGCGGAAAAGGAUUGGCUCGUAAAGAUAAAUUAACUAUACAUAUGAGGAUACACACAGGAGAAAAGCCCUACGUUUGUGAAGUAUGUAAUAAGGCAUUUGCAAGGAGAGACAAAUUAGUGCUGCAUAUGAAUAAAUUAAAACACAUAACGCCGUCAAACAUAGCACCUCUUGGUAAACGGACUAUUACUAUACCUCCAUUGAAAUUAGACGACGUAAAACCGCAGCUUACGAAACAAGAAGACACAAAACCGAGUCAAGCGGAAAUAGCAGCAGUGGCGCAGCAACAGCAGCAGCAGCAGCAACAACAACAGCAGCAACAACAACAACAACAACAGCAACAACAGCAGCAACAUCCCCACCAGCAGCCAAUCCAGGUCUGCCAGGUACCUGGACACAACUUUACGAACACAAACCUGGUCCACACAAGUGCAGCGAGCGCAGCAGUGGCGGCAGCGACUGCUGGCAUGGUAGUGUCCUGGUCGUGUGAGCUGUGCGGAAGACUGUUCGCCACCAGGGACGAGUGGAGCGCGCACGCCAAGUCCCACUUGCCAGACAACAAACUACUGCAGGACAAGAUGCAACAGGCCACGCAACAUCAGCAGGAAAAAGUCCACCUCACAAACCAGGAGAAGCUCCAGCUACUGCACCACCACAAUCAGAACCAGCAGAUACUGAACGGUCACGGUAUAGCCACAGCUUCAGUCUCCACUGCGACCGUCGUCAACGAGGGUGGAGGCGGGGCGUACUUUACACACGGGCACACUCACUACGCGCCUGAGAGACAGCACACGCACGCCCAUCACCUCUGCCUCAUGUGUCGACAAGAGUUCGCCGGUAAAGCGGAGUUCAUGUUCCACGUCAGAGGACAUUUCGAAGGCAAAGUGAGUGAUAUCGCGGCCGCUGACGUGUUGGCUCGUUCGUUGGUGGACAACUCCGGCCUGUGCACCUGAGCCACGCCAACGCCCAUCGCAUUCCAAGACGCUUGCGGGAAGGGCACGUUGUUGCACGACGACACGAUAAUGUUGAAGUUUUGAGACAUAAGUGACAUUUGCGACGAGCUCGCAAAUCUGUUGGCUGAUAAACAAUAAAUAGUAUCAUAGUUAUGAAAUGCAGCGAAUUGACAAAAGUUAACGUUAACGAAAACAAACAUUGUUCGCUUUUAAUUAGUUAAUUAUGUGUUCUUUGUUUAAAAUUAAUGGAAUUUACUGAAGAUUUUAAAAUAUAACAGCAAGAUCGUGGGAAUAUUAUGCCAAUUAAAUAAAUUAGUUUUUGAACAAAGUAGUUUUCGGGCCUUGUUUAUUAAAAUCCCUGAUGGAUGUGGGAAAUGUGGAAGUGCUUG